AUGUCGCGUCGUGUCUGCCUGGACCACAUACCACCCGUGCUUCUGCUGCAACUAAAUCGUUUCUACUACGCCUCCUGCUCCAACGCCAGUGGCCAAACCGAAAUUGGCAUUCAGAAGAUUCCGAAGCAAAUUCCCAUCUAUCAGAAUCUGCAAAUCACCGAGGGUAAUGCCUUACCGUGUGCCGUUUUAUACAGGCAACUUUUAUUGUAA